GCCCUCCACGAUGAAUUCUUCAGACACAUCUCAAUCCUCUCGAAACAGAUGGAAUCGUUAUCAGUGACUCACCGCGUUGUCCGUAACAACAAGAGAUUGCCACAAUCUAGGUAUUCUCCUUACACUAAAGAGACUAAUCUUACAAAUUAUGAGAAGCAGAAAGAGGAGGCUGUGCAACUUGGAGUUGACCUCUCGCUCUCUGUGGCUGAAGCAAUGUUCUUGUUAUCUGAUGACAUGCGUUCUACGUUACUGUUUUGUCUUUGGCUAUUGAAGUAUGCAGGGAACAAAGACAUUAACGCUCCUGUGGUAGGAAGAGAAUUGGAUCGGUUUGUUUUGAUUCUCAGAAACAGAGAAAGCUCUCUUGGUGGAGUAGUGAAACCAUCUGAUUUUGAACAUUACAACCAAGAGCUGAAGAAGCUAGAGGAGACGUUGAGGUCUUCCAAAGAUGUUUCAGCAGAGGCGAAUGGGUUUGCGAGAGAAGCCAUCAAGUCUAACAUUCUUUAUUUGUGGAAGUCUCUAUUUGAAACAUCACAGCCCAAGGUGAUAAACCCUAGGACUAGAAUUCUUGAGAUGUUUAGUCCUCUCUUUAACCAACCAAGGGAGGAUGAUUGCUCUAGUCUUAUUGCUUCUUUACACAUAUGA